CAUUUGACUCUGACUUCGUUCAACAUAUAAUGUGAUCAUAUGAAUGUGAUGAUUGGUCAUAACAUAACCUCUACGUAAUGUGUUAAUUUAAAUAGUUGUAAAAUAUAAUAAUAUCGUUUUACUACAGUUAUUAAAAGUAAAAAAGAAAAUAAUUUUAAUUUAUGAAUAUUGUAUAUGGUAUAAAUAUCGUGUUUAUAAAACAAGAAAUCUAGACGAAACUGUGACUAAUCAAAAUUAAUAAUAAAAUCUUCAAUUAUGGCUGAGGAUUGCAAUUCGGUUGUGAUAGUUAAAGCAAAACCAGUACGUAAAAUUUUUAAAGCACCGGUUAAAAUAAAUAAAAUUCCAGAGGAAAUUUUAAACAAUCCUCUAUUAAAUGCAGCGAUUGCUGCGCUACCUAAUAAUUAUAAUUUUGAAAUCCACAAAUCCGUAUGGAGAAUCAAAGAAGUAAAAGCUAAAAGGGUUGCGUUACAAAUGCCAGAAGGACUUUUAAUGUAUGCCACAACUAUAGCUGAUAUUAUAGAAGAAUUCACAAGUGCUGAAGCUGUUAUAAUGGGAGAUGUGACUUACGGAGCAUGUUGCGUAGACGACUUCACAGCUAAAGCAUUAAAUGCAGAUUUUUUAAUUCAUUACGGUCAUUCUUGUUUGAUACCUAUUGAUCAAACAGUUGGAAUUAAAGUACUUUAUGUAUUCGUAAACAUUAAAAUUGAUGCUUCGCAUUGCAUUGAGUGUUUACAAGCCACGCUACCGAUUACGACAAAAAUAGCUCUUGUAAGCACUAUUCAGUUUGUUGGAACUUUACAAGCAAUUGCAGUAGAAAUGAAGAAACAUGGGUAUGAAGUAUCUACGCCACAAAGUAAACCACUAAGUCCCGGAGAGAUUUUAGGUUGCACAGCACCACAAAUUCGAUGCGCUAAUGUUGUUGUUUAUGUCGGCGAUGGUCGAUUUCACUUAGAAGCAGUAAUGAUCGCUAAUCCAAGACUAAGAGCAUUUCGUUAUGAUCCGUAUGAGAAAAAGCUGACCGAAGAAUUUUAUAAUCAUGAAGAAAUGCUGAGAACUAGAUUAUCAGCUAUAAAUAAUGUGAAAGAUAGUGGUACAUUUGGAUUGGUUCUAGGCACUUUAGGCAGACAAGGAAGUCUCAAUGUAUUAAAAAAUAUAGAAAAUAAAAUCAAAUUACUAGGAAAGGAAAAUGUUAUUAUAUUACUGUCUGAAAUAUUUCCGGAUAAAAUUAAACUAUUCAAGGAUGUUGAUGCUUUUAUACAGAUUGCAUGCCCACGAUUAAGUAUAGACUGGGGUACAGCUUUCGAAAAACCAUUUCUUACACCUUAUGAGGGAGCUGUUGCUUUAAAAAUGAUAAGCUUUAAUACUGAUAAACCAUACCCUAUGGACUAUUAUGCUGCUACUAGUCUUGGACCAUGGACCCCUAAUCAUAAAGAAUCUGAGUUAGAAAAACAGACUGAGACUUGUUGUGGCAAAUGUAAAGAUAAUACAUAAAUAAUAAAGGUCAAUUUAUAUGUA